AUGUUGCAGGUGUUAGUAAAUCGCUUAUAUAAUAUGGCAUUACUAAGCAGCCACCCAUGGGACCAAGUACUAUCGGAGUUUGUCCUUUUCCAAAUUACUUUAUCGCGCUCGAGGAUGCUUGUUUUGGCCUUUGCUGGGGCGAUCGAAAGAGCAGAAAAUAUCAAAAACAGACCUUCGACCGGGUACUUGGUUUCUUGGAUACGUUACUGUCGAUGCUUUGUGUCACCGGCGUGCUCAGCCAGCGGUUGUCAUGGCGACUGGCAAUCAUCUUCCCCCACUAUUUUCGAGCAAGCUCCCUCUGCGUCAGUCGUUCGCGAAGCCUUGCAGGCGGCGGAUAGUGCGCAAUUCGUCAAUUGGUUGUAG